UCUGCUCUCCCUACUGCCCUAGGUGAUCGAGGUGCUGUGUGUGUGUGUGUGCGUGUGAGUGAGAGAGAGUUUUGAUGAAAAGAAGAAGAGAGCAAAGAGGGAGGGACACCAGAAAAAUAAGUUUUCGAGAGCGAUAGAAAAAGGGAGAGCCAAAGCCAAAGAGAUGCAGUGAGCAGGCUGCACAGCUGUGGUGAAGCGUGUAUCUGCACACUCAGGAAGCCAUUCAGAGACUGCAGACCGCAGAAGGACCUUUGGGUUGACGUGCAUGGCCGAUAAUCAGGGAUCUUAAACUCCAGUCCCAGAGGGCCGUGAUUCCUGCUGGUUUUCCCUAUUCUUCGCUUUGGGAGGAAGAUUCUUUGGCUCAUCUUUACAGUGGAGAUACCCUAAAAGUGCGGUAGAGAAGUCCAUGGGACAGAGGUAAGAGUUUACAGGUGAGGAAGUGACCACCACAGACACUCAACAUGACCCAGGUGCUGCAAAUGGACUCCAACUUCCCAGGGAAGUCUACCCCCACCCCCACCCCCACGCCGUCCUUCCUGGGCAAAGAGGACCCCCCGUAUUCGGUGGAGACCCCGUAUGGCUACCGGCUGGACCUGGACUUCCUGAAGUACGUGGACGACAUCGAGAAGGGCGGCUCUGUGCGCAGGAGGCCGGCCGCGGCCCACCGCCGGCCCCGGCUGGGCUCUCUGCCGCGGGGCUACGGCUACACGGGGUCCUGGUGGACCUCCACCGAGUCGCUGUGCUCCAACGCCAGCGCCGACAGCCGCCAGUCGUCCUUCUCCUGCUGCCUGCCCGGUUACCACGGCGCCCGGCCGUCGGCGGGGGGCGUGGCGCGGGUGGAGCGCACGCUGCUGGACGCCCGCCGCAGGCUGGAGGAGGAGCGGGAGCGGGAGAAGGAGGGCCGCAAGUUCUCCAACCUGGGCAGCAUGCGGAGCAGCGUGGCGGGCUCCAACACCUCGCUGUCCAGCGCGCACGGGCUGGCCCUCAGGGGCCCCGCGGCCGGGUCCUCGGGCCUGUCCACGCCCGCGGCGCCCAGCCCCGCCCUCCUGCAGCACGUGCGCGAGCAGAUGGCGCUGGCCCUGCGGAAGAUCCGGCAGCUGGAGGAGCAGGUGAAGACCAUCCCCGUGCUGCAGGUCAAGAUCUCCGUGCUGCAGGAGGAGAAGAGGCAGCUCAGCGUCCAGCUGAAGAGCCACCGGUUCCUGGGCCCCAGCCUGGCUCUGAACAGGGCCCGGGGCCAGAGGGGCGAACUCCACAUCCACAUCCCUGAGGACGAGGCUCCAACCGCUGCCAGCCCCGCCCCGACACCCACUAGCCCCGCCCCACUAUCCAACAGCCCCACCCCGGGCCCUGCGAGCCCCGCCCGGGAUAAGGUGGCGGUGAGGUCGGUGGGGGUGGGGCCGGAGGCGGAGGGGCGGAGCCGAGAGGUGGGCGUCGGCGUGGAGGAGGCGGAGCUGGGGCUGCUCCCGGAGGCGGAGACCCUGCGCAGGAGGGUGGGGCAGCUGGAGACCGCCCUCCAGGAGCUGCGCGCCGCGGAGGCCCCGCCCCCUAAGGCGGAGCCGGCCGUCCGGGCCACCAGCGUGGGCUGGCGUGAGCUCCUGGGCGGAGCCACGGCCGCGGCCACGCCCCCGGCGCUGCAGUCGCUGCUCAGCUUUACCCAGAGUCCUCAGCGGCGCGAGCAGAGGAGCGUGGGGGUCCAGGUGUACACGCUAGAGCAGCCCACGCGCAUGCGAGCCACCGCCCCGCCCACUGAGAACGGCCGGGUGGAGGCCAGGUCAACAGAAUCCACCUCUGCACUUCCUCUCACUGUCUGCUCCAGGCAGGUGCAAGGGGUCCUGCACAGGAGCGAGGUGUCCAGGUCUGUGCCCGUCUCUGGCUCUGCGGCGGAGAGGCUGAGCACCGCGGACCUCAAGUCCAGCAGCGGGGCGUCGCGGAGGGAGGGGUCACCGCCGCCGGUUGGCCAAUCACACGCGGCCGCGUCACAGCCAGCUGUGCUACAGCGCCCCCUGUGUCCAGUGCUGGAACACAAGGCAGAGAGCCAAGCGGCUACCCUCUCCGCCAAGCCGGACCUGCAGCUCAACAGCGCCCCCACAGGGUGCGGGUCGUCCUCCUCAGAGGACAGCAGCAGUGAGAGCUCCGAUGAGGAAAGCGAUGCCAGCGAAUACCACGAGGCCAGAGAGAGGCUCCCAGAAACCCCCACUCACUGUCAAUCAGUCCCCAAGCAGGGGACCGUCCAAUCACCAUCCACCGCCCCCGCCUCCGCCCCCAGACAGCAUGCCAGCCUGUUACCACCCGACGGCUCCGCCCCCAAACAGAAUACAAAUCAGUUACCACCUGCCGGCUCCGCCCCUAAACCUGGUGCUUCAGUGUCUCCGUCCAUCGUCUCCGCCCCCAAACAGGGUGCCAGCCAAUCACCUGUUAAGACCCAGGAGAAGGUACCUGGGAAAGGCAUCUCGGGACCGUGCACCACUCAGGAAGCCAGGCUGCAGCUGAGCGAGGGCAUGAUGGCGUCCUUGCGUGUGCUCCAGACAGCCCUGCGCCAGCCGACUCUCUUCAGCCAGCAGGAGGCGAAGUCGGCCUACAGCUCGGUGCUGCAGGAGUGGCUGCGUGUGUCAUGUCACAGGGCAGCGGACACGGCCGUGGUCAGAGCCUACAUGGACGCCUUCGCCUCAGUUUCCCCGCAGCUGCUGGAGUUUGUGGUCAACAUGGCCGACGGCAACGGCAACACGGCUCUGCACUACACCGUGUCCCACUCCAACUUCCCCGUGGUCAAGCAGCUGCUCGACACAGGUCUGUGUAAUGCGGAUAAGCAGAACAGGGCAGGAUACACAGCCAUCAUGCUGACUGCGCUGGCUGCGUUCCACUCGGACAGCGAUCUGCGCACCAUCCUGCAGCUGCUGCACUCUGGAGACGUCAACGCCAAGGCCAGCCAGGCGGGGCAGACGGCCCUGAUGCUGGCGGUGAGUCACGGGCGGGGGGACAUGGUGCGGGCGCUGCUGAGGUGCGGGGCGCAGGUGAACGUGCGGGACGAGGACGGCUCCACCGCGCUCAUGUGCGCCUGUGAACACGGCCACGUGGACAUCGUGCGCCAGCUCCUGUCUGCGCCCGGCUGUGACGCCACCAUCACCGACAACGACGGCAGUACUGCUCUCUCCAUUGCCCUGGAAGCCUGUCAGAAUGACAUCGCAGUUCUCCUGUACGCCCACCUAAACUUCGCCAAGCCCCCCUCCCCCGUGUCACCAAAAGCCCACCAAAUGGGAACUUCACCUCCCCCUGCUGGUGAAAGAAAGUAACUGCAGCACAGUUUGGAUCAAGCCUCACCCCUGCUCAGAGCUCCGUUUCACCCGUGUUUGUGCGUGUGUGUGCGUGCUUGCGCGUGUCUGUUUGUAUGUGUGCACACUUUUUUUUGUCACACUCUUGUUAGUGAAAUGGUUUCUUCUGAAUGUUGUGGAAAUAUUACAAAAAGAAAUUGCCCAAAACCUGCCAUAAAUUGUGAAAUGUAUUAUUCAAAUAUGUGACUUUUUUGGUUGUAUUUCUUAACAAAUUAAUGGGCACAUCAAAAAAAAAUUUUUAAGCAAAAAGAUUUGGUUGAAUACCAUGCUCAUAUUGUUCUAUAUGUAAUCCAGACCAGCUAGAUAGUAAUAAGCCUUGUCAGGGAUUAGCGGAAGUUCUUAAAGGUUAACGGAAAUGUAUGGGGUUAGUGAAGGUGUUUAAGGGAUUAGUGCAAGUGUGUAGGGAUUAGUACAGUGAUGUGGAGACCAUAGGUUGUGUGUAGGGUCUGUAUAAGGGUGAGUGUGUGGAUGUAGACAAAGUGUUAUGGGUGUAUGGAGUCAGUUUUGGAGUGUAGGAGUGUAAAUCUGUGGUUGAGAGUUCAAAGAGUGAUGCGUUGCUUUAGUUGAAACUGUAAUGUCCUCCCGAGAUCUGGCAUUUCAUUUUUGUCUCCUGAAGGGGAUGUACAUCUCUGGUCCCUGGUCCGUAGUCCUAAUGUCAAGAAGCCUUUAUGGGGAGGCAGAGCGGAUGUCCCACAGAAUAUAAUUUCCGGUAUACAUCUAAAUUCUACGGUAGCGCAUUUCAUCAUAGACGGCAGCAGCGACAACUUCAUAUAUAUGCAAAUAAGUAUUAAAUCGUUCUGCAACCACAAAAUUACAAGGCUGCACAUGAUCCGCAAAUUAUCGCAAUGCAGCUUUUCACUAGUUCCUUAAAAUAUCGUAGUUACAAGUGCACGGUCAGAUUUGUGUACCAAACGCAACAACAAAGAUGAAGUUGGCUGACAAGUCUCAUGGGACGCACACAUUUGCGCCCAUAGGCACAAUUGCGCUUGAUGUCGGUUGCUGGCUGUCAUCGAUAAACUACUGAUUACACAAAUGUAUCCUAUUUGUAAUCGAGUUUAUAAAUUAAUAUGCAGUUUAAGUCGGAUUUUUAAAAUCGCACAAAUCGGGACGAUAGAUGAGUACAAACACCACUGUCGGUUAUUGUAUGUCGUUACGUCACUUCCUUGUACGUCUGCUCAAUGCCAUGUAAUGUAAUGUAAUGUAAUGGUGGCAUUAGGAUGGUCCAGUAGUGGAAAUGUCAUCACUAUAAAAGGGAAAGCAUUAUGGGAGACUGAGUUGUAGCCUAUCUCAACGAUCUAAAAACUAAUUGAAAGUUUUUACGAAUUGAAAUUCCGUCCGAUUCAGCAUAUAGCUAUGUAUUUAAACCUUUUUUAUUUUUUAUUAUUUAAACCGCCUCGUAGUUUGCUUACAUUUAGCUUUCGCCGUUCCCGAAACAUCCGUUUUACCUUUUAUACUAUGCCGAGACCUGCAUUACAAGGGAUAUUUGGUAUAAAUAAAUUGAAAUGAUGCUUUUGAUAAUAUUUUCACAGUUUUUCACGUUUUUCAAAUACAAUCAAAUACACUUACUAGUGUUAUGUCAGUUAGAAUAAAAAACUUUUGUUCUUCUGCGAGUCUCGGGAGGAUAUGUGAGGUAUCCCCUCAGCGGGACAAUGGCAAUGGAGGGUAACAUAGUUGGAAAAUGGGAAAGAAAGAUUUUAGACCAUUUUCGGGUGUAGAGACCAUUAAACCGUAAAAGUGUUCUGCCUAUGUUCAGGGUGUGCUAGCUCGUUAGCCAUUAUCAGGAAGCAGAAAUGUGAGGUACAAGUUACAGUGUAUGUAUGUCAAAAUAAGAGCAGUAUGUACAUCAAAAUAAGAGCGGUAUGUGUUAAAACUCAAGAGUACAUUUUCAGUUGAAAAGUGUGUCUGGUGAAAUGUUUGAAUCGAAGCAAUAUGAUAUAUUUUUGAACAUCUGCAAAUUUGUAUAAAGAACGCAAAAUUUGAUUUUUGUUUUUACAUUUCUUUCUUAUCCACAAGUUUUUGAAUAUAUAUCUGUUUUAUAAUCUUUUAUAUCUGUUUAUUUAUCUAUAACUUUAUAUCUUUGUCUGUUUAUCAACUGUCUCCAGUAUGUAUCUAUAGGUACAGCUAUUGCAAUGUUAAUUCAACUUAUUAUGUGAUAUUGUCACUUAAUAAUGAUCUUUUCGUACUGUCCCAGUUCAUCCUGGUUCUUUUUUCCAAGAUAAAUAAAUGUUUUGUACUUUC